GCCAACUGCAGACCAAUUUCUACUCGAACACGCCCAGUCUUUCCUUUACGCGCGCUGGCACUACUCUCAAAAUGGUAUGUGGACGUUAACAUAAGAUUCCCCCGUAUUAUGGAUGUUCCCGUGAAGUCUCCGGGCGACAAAAAACGAAGUCCUCCCAUCAAAGUUCUCUCCAGUCAGCUUAGAGAGGGUAAAGUACAUUUCGGGCCGAAUGGGAAGAUCGAGUGCACUAUAAAAAGGCUGGGGCAGCGGAAUACGAGUCCGCUGCGGGAGGUGUCAGUGGUGUGGAUGCAGGGGACUGUGUUGGAGGUGAAAUCAGACCACAACACCACGGUGACGCUCAUCGACGAGACCGGGACUUUCAUGGUCAUUGGCGCUAGUAGCAUUCCACAGGGGAAAUCUAGUGUCCUCUCCGGUGAGUUCACAGGCAAAUACGUAAUGGUGAUGGGUAUUCUCCAGUCCUGCACCCCGGAGCCAGUUCUCCGUGCGGUAAAGAUGGCAGACCUCUCAGACAACCCGGUUCACAGGAACAUGUGGAAGUUUGAAGUGGAGGACCUACAGCAAACCUUGUAAUCAGCUCCAGAAUAGUAACCGUAGGGCCUGUAUUAUCCCAGCGCUCUCGUUAAUUGAUGUAAAAACCCUUGUACAUAUUUACCAACCUUGUUUAAAAAAAUAAAAAUAAAAAAUUGUCGUACUUAAA